AUGGCCGUCGCAAGCGAGAUCUCUCCCAUCAGGGAACACUACAUCAACCAACUCACCCCUUUCGACAAGUUCAUUGCAAGCCUCGGCAAAAGCGCACGCCCGACAGACUUCCAGCUCGUGGACUUCGCCGACCUCGAGAUUCUCGGGUUCCUCCCCGGCAAGACGGGAGCAAGGAUCGUCACUAAAAAAGCCUCCGGCCUGACCCCACAAGAGAACUUCGUUUUCAAGGGGAUGGACUUUGACCAGUACAAGCGAGACAGCAAAGACUUUAAGGAACACCAAGAAAAGACCCUUCUCCACGAGAUCCGCACCUUGUACACCCUGCCGCCCCACCCGAACAUCAUGCCCUGUCCUAAGAUCCUCGUCGUCGUACAAGACGGGGACAAGAAGAACCGCAUCUGCGGCUUUCUGCAACCGGUCAUGAGCAAAGACUCGGUUGAUGAGCAGGUCAUGCGCGCCAACAGAGCCGGACAACGUCUCCCGCUAGGUCUCAAGGCCAAGUGGUGCUACCAAAUGGCUGUCGCAAUCCAGCAUACCCACCAGGUUGCCGAGAGCUUCCACAUGGACUUGAAGCCUGGCAAUAUCCUCGUCGACGACCACAAUAACCUCCGGCUCAUCGACUGGGAGCAGAGUGGGUUUUCCAUGUUUACGCAUCCGCCCGAGGUGACCAUCGACCAGGAGGCCGAGGAAUCGUCCGUUUCCAUCGGGGCCAACGGCAAGCCGGUGGUCAUCUACACACCCCACACCGGCGCGCCGCGGAGGAAUCAGAAGUGGGGAUUUCCGGACUGGAACCUCCUUCCGGAGUGGAAGACGACAUGUCCACGAGCCGCGGAGCUGGCGGAGGUAUUCAGUCUGGGCAGGACGAUGUGGAUGCUGCUCGAGCAGGUCGAGCAAUCCCCGGACCCUACUGUAUGGACGGCCAUGGCGAUGGACGUCCCGAAGGAGUGGCAAGACAUGAUCAUGCGGUGUGUGGAGAGAGACCCGAACAACCGGCCCGAGUUGAAUGAGCUGGUUGAAUUUUGGCGCAAGCAGUUGUGCUAG